AUGAAGCUCUCCCUCAAAUUCCACAACACCAACGAAAACCAACAAACCCAAAUAAUGACAGCAAAACUCCCAAUCACCAUUUUCAACAAUCCCUUACUUUCAACCAUCACCGCCACAGGCAACUCCUCUUCCGAUUUCUCAUUCUCACUCUCAACAAACUUCCCAACAGGUCCAACCUUCAAACUCUCUUACACUCCCACCACAACACAGACCUCAUCUCUUCCAUUUUCUCUCUCCCUCAAAUCCGGUCUUGGUCUUUCCGGUUCAACGCAUCAUUCCCCUCUUGUCUUCUCUGCCAAUUUAUCACUCUCUACUCCUUCCUCUUCUACCCCUCUUCUGCUUCCUUCUUUCUCUCUUCACUUUAAACCCCAAUUCGGUCAUUUCUCUCUCCAUAAGACCGUUUUAUCUGAUUCUAACUCUAACCCUAACCCUAACCCUAACACUAACACCAAAACUGUUUCUGAUUCUAACCCUCUUUCUGUUUUGCCUCAAAUCGGAAAGGGUUUUGUUCCUUUUCAAGAUGGAUGUUCCUCUGGUUGGCAAAAUUUGAACUUGGAACCAUAUGGUCAUAGAGACGACGACAACAACAACAACGUUGUUGCUGGUUCUGUUGUCCCAGAUGGUAAGAACAGUGAAAAAUAUGGGCUUUCUCCUUGUGUUGCUGUUAUGGCAAGAACUAUACUGCCUGUGACACAAGGGUUGUUGUUGAAAUUUCGAUGGGGUGUGAAUUUUCCGGGGAAUAAGUCGGGUUUGAAAAUACCGUAUUUGACAGUGAAUAAAAUUGGAUUGGAGAGGAUGGAUGAAAUGAAGAGGGAUGAGUUGAAGAGUGAGAAUCGUGAAGGUGAUUUGCAGAUGGUGAAGGAUGUGUGUUUAUGGGCAAAAGGUGAUUUGGAGAAGGUUGAGAAGGAAAAUAAGGAGAUGAAGAGAGUGUUGGAUGAAAUGAAAAUGAGAGUUUCUAGUGGUGAAGGGAAGCUUUCGAAUCCAAAGAAACAUCUUUCAGGCGAGGGCUUUCAAACUCAAACUCGGGGAAACAAUAACAAUAACAUUGACAGAAAGAAGAAUGAGAAAAAACAAUCGAACAUGGCGCAGAAUGUUGUAGUAGUGAGUGAUUUAGAGUCUGAAUUGGAAAAAGCUAUAAAAGCUGCUGCGGCCGCAGCUGCUUCUUCUUAG